UAGCUGGUGUAUAAACUGUUCAGAAGUUUCCCCAAUAAGUGUCAAGUAGCAGUAGUUACAACCUCGUAAUCGUGCCGAGUGUUCCGGCAUUUCAACCAUACCCUAGUAGCCUGGUGGGGUCAAUUCCCAGAAAUAGGAAAAGUCAAAAAUAGGAACGAGCGUCAAAUAGUAUCCGGAAGAACAGGGUUUAUUGCAAUUAACAAAAAUGAUGUCAAUAAUACAUCCUAGUAAAAAGGGUACAUUCUUUCAAUGUUAGGGAAUUUUCUCAGAGGGGGAAACUUCCUUCAAAGUCGGUUCAAUGUUCGUUUUUAUUUUUGCUUCAUGAUCCAAGACGACACCUAGGAUGUUUAUUUUAAAAGCAAGGAGUUGCUUCUCCCUAGAAUCACUUUUGAGUUAGCCAGGACGAUAACAAGAAGUCAUUUGAACUGCAAACAUCUCAAUCUAAAUUUCAAACAAGCCAGUGUUUUUAAAACAAAAUUCUGCGAAGUCCAAGAUGGGAAAUCCUCGUAUGCUCUCAGUUGUUGCCGGUACCAUGGCUUUGUUCUGCCUCUGUGUCUGUGGGGACGGAGCUCCACUGCGGCCAAACCUUCUAGAGACUUACCGUAGAGUUCUUGAGGAGAAAUCCAGCAAAGCUUUUACAAAAUUCGAAACUGCUUAUCUUUCGAAACUACGCCCACCCUUUUGGCUGCAUUUGGGGCUGCUUCAGUCCGCUGGUACCCAGCCCCUAACGAACGACAAGCAUAUUCUCGGAAGGAUUUGUAACAUUACCGGCGUGCUUCGCGUUCCCAUAUCUCUUGCGGUGCAGGAUGAGAGAAAGAGAAAUGGCCCGGCCACUGAGGUGUUGCGGGAGUUGAAAACCGCGCUUAAAGACACUCACGUGAUCGCUUCAGAAACAUACAAGUCGAUGUUUGGCUCACAUCCUCCAAGCUUUUCUAUGCUCACUGGUCACACAUUGGAUCAAAAAAUUCGGCCGAUGAUAAGUAACCCCAGCAAGCUGAAUCAGAUGCGAACAUACGCGACGCUACAAGAGAUGACUUACAUAAUCCCAGACGAGUUAAAGAGGCUGGCUUCCAUGCUGAGUCACCCAACAGUCGCAAAAUAACCCCGUGUAACGGGACAGACAACGCAAGUUGGUGUUCCAUGCCGUGCAUGGGUCAGAUACAGUUUCUUUAGAGUAAAGGGCUAUCCAAAUACUUUAUAUUAAACAUUUUUUAUUUCUAUUUUGUAAACAAUUUUAAAUAUUGUAUCCAGUGUUUAUUAUACAGUGAAAUCAUAUCAAAGCAUGGCUUGUGUAGAAAGUGUAAACCGUACAAUAAAAUUUUCAAAGAAAAAAAAUGAGA